UGCUUUAUUAGCUGGGAGUGGUGGAGAAAAGCCAGGCAGGAAGAGGCAGUAAUAAGAAACAUUUUUAACUUUUGCUGCAUUCACAGCUUGCCAAACCACUGCUUUCGGGUAAGAGGAAAAGAGCAAAGGGGGGCUGGAAAGAGGAUCCCCCCCCCCUUUCAAUUCUGCGGCCUCUCUGACAGAUUUCACUAGAGUUGAGCUUCCGACAAAAUAAUGAGAGGACACGUUCCAAUUAAGCUGGAAAACUGAGGGAAGUUUGCAGUGUAGUCACAAAGGAGACCCAUGAAUCCAUUUCAGGCUGGUCUUCUGUGUGCUGUGAGGAGCUGCCCCGUUCAAUCUGUAAACAGAUCUCUCUGAAAAACGCUUCGAACUUUAGUACUGAAGAAAAUUUCCCAUCUAGGGAAGUGUUAGCCAAGGCCUGCUGAAAGCAGGAAGACACUGGAUACAGGACGUGGCCAGGCUGUGCACUAUUCCACCUACGAAGUCUCCUGGAGAAAAUGUUGCCAGGAGCUAUCUUGAGUCUUUUCUUGGCUAUUCCGAGUCUCCCAAGAACCACUGGUAUGCUGUCCUGCAUUUGCGAGAAGCAUGAAUGUGUUAACAAAACUUGCUCAGGAGAGGCAUGUUUUGCAAGCAGACAUCUGGAGCAAGGGACCAUGAUCACCAAGAAAGGAUGCAUAAAGCCCACGUCUGUGAAUUGUAGAGGCGACAUCACAGAGAACUUUGGAAUGAAAUGCUGCUCAUCUGAAAUGUGUAAUAUGAAUCUCAGUUUCCAGCUAGCAGAGAAAGAACAGCCAGAAGAGGCCCAAUACCAUCAGAAACUUCUCCUGCUAAUCCUGGUUCCACUGUUCGGCACUUUGAUCCUUGCUUUAUUGGUUGGGCUUUUUGUAUGGAAAGUGGUCCAGAGUCGCCGUAGACAAAUGCUACUAAAGUCAGAUGAAUGGAGGGACAUGGAGGACUCCAUAUUAAAGGCAUCUGUGACUGGUGACAGUACCUUGGAAGGCUGGAUGAAUGAUGACUGCACCACUGGUAGUGGCUCUGGACUUCCCUUCCUUGUGCAAAGAACUGUUGCUCGGCAAAUUACCCUGGUUGAGUGUGUGGGCAAAGGUCGCUAUGGGGAAGUGUGGCGUGGUGCUUGGCAUGGAGAAAAUGUGGCUGUCAAGAUCUUCUCUUCCCGGGAUGAACAGUCAUGGUUCCGUGAGACAGAGAUCUACAACACAGUGCUACUGAGGCAUGACAACAUCCUAGGAUUCAUUGCUUCUGACAUGACAUCAAGAAACUCGAGCACACAGCUGUGGCUGAUCACCCAUUACCACGAGCACGGCUCCCUCUAUGACUACCUGCAAUGCACAACACUGGAUGUAGAGACCUGCCUGCGCUUGGCCUCCUCCAUCAUCUGCGGGCUAGUCCAUCUGCACGUGGAGAUCUUUGGCACACAGGGCAAGCCGGCUAUCGCUCACCGUGACCUGAAGAGCAGAAACAUCCUGGUGAAGAAAAAUAUACAGUGCUGCAUUGCUGAUCUGGGUCUGGCAGUCAUGCAUUCCCAGAGCAGUGACUACUUGGACAUUGGGAACAAUCCACGGGUAGGCACCAAAAGAUACAUGGCACCUGAAGUUUUAGAUGAACAGAUCCGUAUGGAUUGUUUUGAAUCCUUCAAGCAAACAGACAUCUGGGCAUAUGGCUUGGUCCUCUGGGAGAUAGCCCGAAGAACGGUUGUUAAUGGGAUUGUCGAAGAUUACAAACCUCCUUUUUUUGACUUGGUGCCGAUUGACCCCAGCUUUGAAGAAAUGAAGAAAGUGGUUUGUGUGGACCAGCAGACACCCACCAUCCCAAAUCGAUUGUACUCUGACCCAACUUUGUCUGCUCUGGCUAAGAUCAUGAAGGAAUGCUGGUACCAGAGCCCCUCAGCCAGACUUACAGCUUUGAGGAUUAAAAAGACACUGAAAAAGCUCAGCGACUCCUUCGACAAACCCAAACAACACUUCUAACUGCAGGCAGUGGCUCUGGGACCAGAGAUCAGAUUUCUGACUUGUUGUCUCAGCAAAAAGUUCAAGGUCACCCUUUCUCCUUUCCGUGCAGGUCCUGGCCUCUGUCAGUGGCUACAGCAAACCUUGUUUGAAAUCUAGCCAAGAAGAUCUGGGCUAGGGCCCCCAUGUCAGGGAGUGAUCCUUUGCAGGAAAAGAAUCACAGAACAGAUGACAGCCAUGUAUUUUGCUUCAGGCAUCUUUAAUUUGUUUUCUUUAACAACAAAAAGCUGGAGAAAUACCACCCACCUCUCCCAGCACAUACAUUAAUAUAAAUACCCUCCGGAUCUGUAACCUGACGCCAAGCCGUCUCGCCACCAACGCCUGCAAAGUGGGAGGGAUCGUACUUGGAAAAAGCACAGCCGCUCUGCCCAAAGGGGUGCUUCCUUGGAAACACCAAUUAAGGUCCAUUCAUAAGCCAGCACUUAAACUGAGCCUGUAGGAUUUGUGUGCAUCUGAGUACAUCUAUAGUGAGUGUGCAUGCAUGCG